AUGAAAGGUCUUUGUAACUUCGCUUACAGUAGGGGUUACUGUCCUGCUAGUGCCUAUAAACUUUCUUCUAGUGGCGGCGACGACGACGACGAUUCUAAUACCGUAGAAGAGUGUGUCUUAGUGCUACCCCCUUACACUCUGCCUACUCUAUUAGUUAUCACUUUUGAUAAAGGCUAUAAAACGGUACCCAAUAUGGCAUAG